CUUUAUUAUUCCUAACUUCAAAAAUGCUUACUGACAUUAACAACAUCCCUAUUGACCAAGCUAUCAAGGAAAAUGGUUUCGUUAUUGUUGAUAACUUGAUCCCUGCAGAAAUGUUCAUCAGACUUAGAGAAGCUUGCGACCGUGUUGUUGAUAGAGCUAGAAAGGGUGACUGGAAUUACAGACGUCUUGUUGGCACUCAAUUUCCUCCUUGGAAUGAAGGCACCGAUGUUUGGGGUGUUCAACACAUGAUGCAUCCUGAUCUCAAUGAACCUGUCUUUGCUGAGUGGUAUGGCUCUCCCGAUUUAUUAGCUGCUGUUGAACAAUUAUUACACACUGGUCAUGAGGAUCUUCAAUUUGAAUUAUUCAACCUUUUGAUUAACCCUCAAGAUUCAAACUUUGACUUAACCUGGCAUCGUGAUGCCAUCAAGGCCGAGGCUGCGGAAGAGGAGGAGAAAGAAAAACUUACUAUUCCCCAUUACGGUACACAGUGGAACACUGCUCUCUAUGACGACGCUUGUCUUUUUGUUGUUCCCAAUUCUCACCGUCGUGUGAGAACAUCUACUGAAAGAGAUAUUACUAUCAAUGAUCCUUUGAGUCAUAAGAUGCCUGGUCAAUUGAGGGUUGAUUUAAAGGCCGGUCAGACAGUUUUUUAUGAUAACAAUAUUUUACAUCGUGCUUCAUACGACUGCACUCAAAAGAGAUCUACUCUUCACGCAUCCAUGGGAACUAUUGAAGGUGGUCACCAUCGUGCUGCAGUUAUUCUUCAACAUGGUCUUGGCUGGAUGAACACUGAAGAAUUUAAAAAGACUUUACCCGAAUCUCUUAUCAAGCCUCAUGCUAAUAUUAUUGAAAUGGCUACUAAGGCUGGUAUCUCCAAUAUGUCUACAAAGCCAAUUCAUUAAAUCUCUUUUGUAUCGUAAAUAAAAUAAACAAACAAAUAAUGUGUAAACGCGGUGUCUAUAGAAAGUGUUACACCGA